UCUUAAUUAGCUUGAUUAAUUAUAUUACAGCAAGGUUUCUUCUCCUCCAUGUGCAUGGGUUGUGGCAUUUCAAAGUUUGAUCAUGAAGAGGCAGGUCCGACGUUCAACCGCCUGACGAAACGAAACGUUCCGCAUUCCAAUAUCGAGAAUGACGGCACCCUCGCGUCGGAGCAGCUGCUGCAAGAAUAUGGCGCCAAAGAUGAAUCCUCACCCGAUCGUAAUAUUAACAAUGAUCGCAAAAGUGUUUCUUCUUGGACGGGUAAUAAGUUAGAACCGGACGUUCAAGAUCAGGUGAAUGCAAAGAAUAACGGUGGUGGCAUGUCCGCGGGUGGUUCAAAAGAUCAUCUAGGAGGAUUUGACAGGAAAAUUAAAGUGACGGCGGGGGAGGAGCGUGGUGGUGACGGUGGAGGUGGAGGUUAUAAUAAUAGCAGUGAGAGGGAGAAAAAUGAAGAAGAAAAUGUAUGGUUUUGUGAUAGAGAAGAUGAGAUCGCUGGCCCUGCAUCGCCAAGUUUCAGGGAAUACUGCGUCGACCCAAUGGAUGAUAUUAAUGAAGGAGAAGGUAUGAUUGGUGCAAAAGGAGAGACCGACAAGGCACAAGCAGAGAGAUACCUCACUGCCGAAACGGGAUCGGAAGUAGCUGAACCAAGGAAGAGAAGGAGAUCACCGGGAAGAGGAUUAAUUAAGAGUGCCAUUCAGAGGCCAGCUGGAUGGAUGCAACGCCAGAAGUAA